AUGUCCAAUGAUCAAUCUGAACAAUUGUUUACAACAAUUGGGUUUCUUGAUCAACAGAGAGAAAAGCACCUUGGUACCUCAACGAGCACAGUCGUUCCUUGGCUUCCUGUUCAAUUCUCAAGGCAUGACCAUACAAGUUCCACAGGUAAAAAUCCAAAAAUUAAAUACCAGGAUUCGACAACUGCUGAACAGCAAGGAACAGAAAUCAUGUCGAUGGAUAGCGAGCCUUAUUGCGAAGAUAACUGCCAUGAUACCGGCGAUUGGAGAAGCACUGCUUCAUGUGAGAUAUCUACAGAGGGACCUAGCAAGAGCACUCAG